GCGGGGACCGCUCGCCGCCUGCGCGGUUCCGGGUGUUCCCGCCGCGCGCAGCCCGGGGCGCACUUGACCCAGGUCGGGCUGCGGGGAAGGGCGGGUCUGGGGAGAACCCCAGAGCGCCAAGGCGUCCUCCAGCCCCUCCUCCUCGCGGCCGCCGGAGCCACAGCCCGAGCCGGAGCCGGCGCCACCUCGUCCCCCGGCUCGCGCGCCCCCAGCCAUGGCUUUCGCCAAUUUCCGCCGCAUCCUGCGCCUGUCUACCUUCGAGAAGAGAAAGUCCCGCGAAUAUGAGCACGUCCGCCGGGACGUGGACCCCAACGAGGUGUGGGAGAUCGUGGGCGAGCUGGGCGACGGCGCCUUCGGAAAGGUUUACAAGGCCAAGAACAAGGAGACAGGUGCUUUGGCUGCCGCCAAGGUAAUUGAGACCAAGAGUGAGGAGGAGCUCGAGGACUACACGGUGGAGAUCGACAUCCUGGCCACCUGUGACCACCCCUACAUCGUGAAGCUCCUGGGAGCCUACUACUAUGACGGGAAGCUGUGGAUCAUGAUCGAGUUCUGUCCUGGAGGAGCUGUGGACGCCAUCAUGCUGGAGCUAGACAGAGGCCUCACGGAGCCCCAGAUUCAAGUGGUUUGCCGCCAGAUGCUGGAAGCCCUCAACUUUCUGCACGGCAAGAAGAUCAUCCACAGGGAUCUGAAAGCUGGCAACGUAUUGAUGACCCUCGAGGGAGACAUCAGGCUGGCUGACUUUGGUGUGUCUGCCAAGAAUCUGAAAACUCUGCAAAAGCGAGAUUCCUUCAUAGGAACACCUUACUGGAUGGCCCCUGAGGUGGUGAUGUGUGAGACCAUGAAGGACACACCGUAUGACUACAAAGCCGACAUCUGGUCCCUGGGCAUCACUCUGAUUGAGAUGGCCCAGAUUGAGCCCCCGCACCAUGAGCUCAACCCCAUGCGGGUCCUGCUCAAGAUUGCCAAGUCGGAUCCCCCCACUCUCCUCUCGCCUUCUAAGUGGUCUGUGGAGUUCCGCGACUUCCUGAAGACGGCCCUAGAUAAGAACCCCGAGACGCGGCCCAGUGCUGCACAGCUCCUGGAGCAUCCCUUUGUCAGCAGCGUCACCAGCAACAAGGCCCUGCGGGAGCUGGUGGCCGAGGCCAAGGCCGAAGUGAUGGAGGAGAUCGAGGACGGCCGAGAGGAGGGGGAAGAGGAGGAGCCCCCGGAUGCCACCCCUCCUCUGGGGAACCAUACUCGAGACUCUUCUGAGGUGAGUCAACUGAGUCUCAAUACCGACAAGCUUCUCAAAGAAUCAUCCUUCACCCCACUGCCACCCAGCCAGCCUCAGGACAGUGUGAAUGGGCCCAGCCAGCCCUCUGGGGACAGAUCCCUCCAAACCACCAACCCUCCAGAUGUGGCUCCUGGAAAUGAGAAUGGCCUGGCAGUGCCAGCACCCUUCCGGAAGUCCCGGCCAGUGUCAAUGGAUGCCAGAAUUCAGGUGUCCGAGGAGAAGCAAGUCGCUGACCAUGGCGGGGACCUCAGUCCAGCAGCCAUCAGGUCCCAGAAAGCAAGCCAGAGCCGUCCCAACAGCAGUGCCCUAGAGACCUUGGGUGCCGAGAAGUUGGCCAACGGCAGCUUGGAGCUCCCCACCCAGGCAGCCCCGGGCCCGUCCAAGAGGGACUCAGACUGUGGCAGCCUCGCCGCCUCUGAGAGCAUGGACUACAACACCUCCCUCUCAGCCGACCUGUCCCUGAACAGAGAAACAGGCUCUCUGUCCAUCAAGGACUCAAGGCUGCACAAUAAAACCCUCAAGAGGACACGCAAGUUCGUGGUGGAUGGUGUGGAGGUGAGCAUCACCACGUCCAAGAUCAUCAGCGAGGACGAGAAGAAGGAUGAGGAGAUGCGAUUUCUCAGGCGCCAGGAGCUCCGAGAGCUUCGGCUCCUCCAGAAAGAAGAACACCGGAACCAGACCCAGCUGAGCAGCAAGCAUGAACUGCAGCUGGAGCAGAUGCAUAAACGUUUUGAACAAGAAAUCAAUGCCAAGAAGAAAUUCUUUGACACGGAGCUGGAGAACCUGGAGCGUCAGCAGAAACAGCAAGUGGAGAGGAUGGAGCAGGACCAUGGUGUGCGCCGCCGGGAGGAGGCCAGGCGGAUCCGGCUGGAGCAGGAUCGGGACUACACCAGGUUCCAGGAGCAGCUCAAACUGAUGAAGAAGGAGGUGAAGAACGAGGUCGAGAAGCUCCCCAGGCAGCAGCGGAAGGAGAGCAUGAAGCAGAAGAUGGAGGAGCAUGCACAGAAAAAGCAGCUUCUCGACCGGGACUUCCUGGCCAAGCAGAAGGAGGACCUGGAGCUGGCGAUGAAGAAGAUCACUGCUGACAACAGGCGGGAGAUCUGUGACAAGGAGCGCGAGUGUCUCACUAGGAAGCAGGAACUCCUUCGAGACCGGGAGGCAGCCCUAUGGGAAAUGGAGGAGCAUCACCUGCAGGAGAGGCACCAACUGGUGAAGCAGCAGCUCAAAGACCAGUACUUUCUCCAGCGGCAUGAGCUGGUGCGCAAGCACGAGAAGGAGCGGGAGCAGAUGCAGCGCUACAAUCAGCGCAUGACGGAGCAGCUGAAGGUACGGCAGCAGCAGGAGAAAGCACGGCUGCCCAAGAUUCAGAGGAGCGAGGGCAAGACGCGCAUGGCCAUGUACAAGAAGAGCCUCCACAUCAACGGUGCGGGCAGUGCCUCUGAGCAGCGCGACAAGAUCAAGCAGUUCUCCCAGCAGGAGGAGAAGAGGCAGAAGUCAGAGCGGCUGCAGCAGCAGCAAAAACACGAGAACCAGAUGCGGGACAUGAUGGCACAGUGUGAGAGCAACAUGAGUGAGCUGCAGCAGCUGCAGAAUGAAAAGUGUCACCUCCUGGUAGAACAUGAAACCCAGAAGCUGAAGGCUCUAGAUGAGAGCCAUAACCAGAACCUGAAGGAAUGGCGGGACAAGCUUCGGCCACGCAAAAAGGCUCUGGAAGAAGAUUUGAACCAGAAGAAGCGAGAACAGGAGAUGUUCUUCAAAAUGAAUGAGGAGACAGAAUGCCUGAACCCUACCACCCCAAAUAAGGCCACCAAGUUCUUCCCCUACAGCUCUGUGGAUACUUCUUAACAGCCAGCUGGGGCUGGGGCUCCAGGGUGGGGGGCUUCCAAGGCCCACCCAUUCUCUGUGAACAAGUAACUCAGGACCCCCCUUCCCUCUUGCUUCCAUGACAACUUGAAUCCAGCCCCUUGCCUUGUGCUACCCCAGCUGUGCCCAACAGACCCAUCCUAGUGUUCUUUAAUUCUCGCUCACUUAUGGAGGGCGAGGUUUUAUUAUGUGUGGCCUGAGCCUAAUGUAUGUCCUGUUCGAGCCCCACAUCUCUUGAAGCUGUCAGUGACCUGGGCUGCUAGUGGGGUCAGGGUCCAGGAGGAACGGUGUUCUGCAGCCUUGAGGCCCUCUUGUUUGCCGAAACACCGGUUUUGCUGUCUGUGGGCACAAAGUGCUGCCGCUGGUUAUGAUGAAUUUGUCCAUAUUGUGAUUCUUGCCAGCUUUUCAGCCAUUCCUUCUAGUAUUAGACAAAAACCAUGACUCUUAGCAGCCCUUUUGGUUCCUAGUGAAGCCCACCCUGCAGCCAGCUGCUCAGGGGGUGCCCUCAUCCUUCCAGUAACCCCCGAUUUACUUUUCUCUUGAGACAAGGCCAUAUCUACAACAGUGGGAUCAAGGAGAGCCUGAACUGUUCAUUCUGCUGGUCUUGGGUGUUUCGUGCCACCUUGUGCCCCCCGCCUUACCUGACACAUCUGCAUACACAUACAUAGGGCUUGGCCCCCUGGCAUUACCCAGGCUUGCCUCUGCC